GUCUGUCAGUGCGGCACCGGCAUUGCUUGGAUGGGGACGUUCACGCGCGCUUUCUUAUCGAUUUCCUCGCAAGUGUAUGACACAGUGUUAUUUUGAUGUUUUUUCACCGAAAACGUGACAAAUAAUACAAUGUCACGUCACUAAACAGUUCAAAGUUUACGUGUUUUCGUGGUUUCGUUUUUAUUUUAAAAUUGUAAAUUCAAAUUUUGUGCUUGACUGAAAACAUUGCUGUUAUGUGCGAUGAUAAUGGAAUUGUUAUUGGAAUUAAAAUGAGAGUCUAAAAACAAUGCAGGAAACCCGAGGGUAGCUGAAACUACGAAAAACACGAACGAACGAAAUGUUAAUAAACUGUAACUGAACGCAUUCAAAACAGAGAGAGACACAGCGAGAGAAAGAGACAGAGCUCAAUCCGAAAAUAGUGCGUUCGAAAAUAGAAAAAAAAAUGGCUCAAUCUCAGUCAGUGAUCGAAGACACAGCGGCGGGGACGGGCGCCGCGCGCUGGUGGGAAGCACCAUGGAAAACUAUGGCCGACUUAGCCGAAGCAGUUGACGAUCUCAUAUGUAGUUUCGAUUAUAUGGACACUGCCAUGGACAACCUAGUCAUGCUAAUCUUCAUAUGGAUCCUAUUCUCCAUCGUCCUGUUAGGCAUCGCGAAAUGGGCGUAUUCCCGCUUCGCGAACAAAGUAGCCGAGGUCGAUACAAAACAAAAAGCGACUGUCGAAGAAGUGAAGAAAACGUCCAACGAAAUUAUUAAUAGUGCUGAUAGUGUGCUAGUUACCAGUGCUAAGGUUAAGAGUGCUUCGUUUAAACCUGCUAAGCCCACUGGGUUCGUGCCAGCCACUCCUCCGAACAAGAGAAGGUUGGGGCGCAUGUCCCCCGGGCCCGAACAGCUGACGCUGAAGAAACACCAGAGCAUCAUAGUACCGACGUGCACGGGCCCCGACCCGCCGAGCGUGCAAUGGGUGAACGACCUAUUGACGUGGUUAUAUAAUGAUCUAGUUAUUGUGAAUGAACUGGUGCAGCAAUGGAUUGUGUCCAUGAACGAGUUCUCCAAGAAGUCCGUCGAAGAGCAAGGUAUCGGGGUGGAGCUGGUGCGCGCGCUGGACAGCCACCCGCCCAGCAUCUCCAACGUCUUCUGCGAGUGUGACUCCAAGGAUGACGUCACCAUCACAUGUGACUGUGAAGCCACGCCCGCUUUCCAGCUGAAGGCCUUCAGCCAGCGAGGGGAGAAGGUGGAAGUGUCACAUUACAGGGUUAAUGUUAACCGGUUCCGCGCUCGUUUGAACGUGGUUUGUGUGACGGACAAGUUGACGGGCGAGUUGAAAUGUGACGGCUGGCCCGAGGUGAAGGUGGCACUGGCGCCAGUGGGCGCCCUCAGGCCUAAUGCCACCGAGAAUGAUCUACAGCAGACUAUCAGUGACAUAGUAGUAUCAGCGCUGCGCAGCACGAACCUGCAGUUCAACCUGGCGCACUACCCCACGUGCCCGCGGCUGCGGCGGUACGUGGAGACGCCGGGGCCCCGGCUGCCGCUACAUUAUGAUUCUAUGCUCCAACAAGACCGCCAGAUGUACACGUCGACUCCCAACUCCACUGCCGGCAGCGUCACUCUGCUGGGAGACAAGAGGCUGCUCGUCAAACUCGUCUGCGCUAAGGACUUAGGAGGUAAAACGGGUUGCGUAGCCCCAUACUGCGUGGUGGAGAUGGACGAGCCCCCGCAGAAGAACCAGACCGCCUUCAAGAAGGACACCAACAACCCCCAGUGGGAGGAACACUUCCUGUUCGACCUGUCCCCCCAGACGGCGGAGCUCCUGUUCGAGGUGUACGACCGCACCGGCCCGCCCUCGCCCGGCGGGGGACCCUCGCAGCACAGGUUCCUAGGUCUCGGGCUGGUGGGUAUCGACGAGCUGCUGGCGGCGCCGUCGCAGCGCCAGCAGAUCGCGCUGCAGACGCGGCCCAUGGAGGACCACGACGUCAGCGGCACCCUCACUGUCGAGUUCCUGUUCAUCGAAGGCGCAGACAUCCCGGACCUGGGCUCCCGGCCGGUGAAGAUCAAGGAGAGCCUCCGCACCCUGUCUCCGCACGGACACCUCACCACCACCACCAAGACCAUAUUCAAACAGAAUGGCCACGACAACUCUCAACUAACAGAAUCGGCUCUCCGCGAACUAGAGCUGAGCCCGACCAACGCGGCCAACAAGUCCACGCUCAUCAUACACUCCGUGCAAAGGGAGCCGAAGAAAUCUAUCAAGGUGGAAAUGACGGACUCGGGGAAAUUCAUCGAAGUGGAGAGGGGGGAGACGGAUGCCGAAGUACGUCCAGAGAGUGAUGAUAAAUUUGAUGAGAAUGAGAUGAAAGAGACAGAUAUACCUGUGUCAGCCAGUCCGAAUGCGUCGCCCGGGAAGACCGUACGGAUCAAGGAGAACGGUGCUAAAGCCAAUGGCGAUACAGAGCAGGGCGACUACGUGCAGCAACAGAAUGAGAACGUCCCCCCGGAGCCCGCGCCUCGCAAGAGGAGGCGGGACUUCUUCGGAACUAUUAAGAGAAGACUGGGCCGGUCCCGCACUCGCGGUGCGUCUCUAGAUCUCACAGACUCCGAGGUGGAGAACCAGAGCCGCAUCCGCAGCAUCAGCGCAGAGAGAAAUGCACAUGAGAAAGCGCUAUCCAUCCCGAAUAGGAACGUGUACUCGGCGGGCGCGUCGCCUGCACAGUCCGGGGAUGAGUCCCGGACAUCAAGGAGGUCGUCUCUCAGUGAGGUCUCCGGAUUCAGUACAGCAUCAGCCAGGACCUUCAUCCAUGAGGCUUCGACCCUGGUCCUGGAGACCAUAGAAGCUGGUAUCAAGAAGCACUACCUGGUGCCUCUGACCAUUGCCCAGAGGUCCCGAUGGAGGCGGAAGGGCAUCAAGCUUCACAUCUACAAUGAACAUACUUUUAUUGCCAAGCAUCUCAGUGGUGGCACAGUGUGCGAGGUUUGCACGAAGACUAUAGCGCGGCGGCUCGGCAAGCAGGGCUACGAGUGCCGCGACUGUAUGCUCAAGUGCCACAAACAUUGCCACGUCAAGGUCGCCACCAACUGCCCUCGGUCCACCGUGCACAAUAUGGAGCUGACUUACAUCGCAUCUCCGUAUGCAGAUAAAAAUAUAAGGAUGUUGUGAUUUCCCAUGAGAGUUACAUAGCUUGCGAAGUGCACAAAGCUACGAUUUUCAAACAAAUCUACUUAAAUUAUUAAAACAUAAGUACAACACGUAUAUACCCAGCUGACAUAUACGGUAUAGGCUUUUUUACAUAUAUUUAUAUGAAAAAAUGAAGUUUAAAAUUAGUGUUUAAGUGGAAAGUAGGACUUUUGAGCGUCGCUGACUUUUUUAAAAAUCUUGAAAAAUGUACCCGCUUGUCACUGUUGGAUGGAGUUUAUUCAGAUGAUAUUAUGCUGUUGUAUGAGCUACGACAUAAGAUAUAUUGAUAGCUGUGACAAACGCUCGUCUGUUACGCCGCUACCGUCUGACUAAAUCAAAUUCCCUCGGCGCUAAUUGUUAGUAUUAGUUUAGGUAUCGCUAGAGCCCACCAUCAAAGCCAAUUUCGAAAAAUAUUAGAUUUCAUUAACACAUAAUACUUUUAUAAACGACUAAAGUUAAAAUGUCAGCCAAAAAUUUUAAGAAUUUUUACACAAAAUUUUCUACCUCAUUUCUUCAAUGUUACGACAAUAUUAAAUCAAUUUUAUAGUUACCAUUUAUUUCUUUAUUAUUAUUAUUUUUUGUUGUUGACAACACUAAAUGUUUUAUUGUAUAAAAAAAAUUAAAUUGUAUAUUGUACUCGAAAUAUUUAUUUUUUAAGUUUUAAUACUUGAAUGUGCUUUUUCGCACAAAAAUGUGAUCUGUAAUCGUCGAAUGUGCAAUAAGUCUAAUAUUUAAUAAUGUACACGCGCUUUGAGCUUUCAAAUUUAUACCUUACUAUCUUAGAAAUUAAUAUUUGGCCAUAACUUGACAGUGACCACCUUGUGUAGACUUUUGAAAAUGUAACUGAGGAUUGAAUUAUAACAAAGACCAACGUUUUAUACAACAAAAGGACAAAAAUGUCAAAAAAUCGACUAAACUGAAAUGUCAGAAUCGAUUAAUCGGUACUGCAAUUUUAUACUGUCACCUUAAUUUUAUCCAAUUGAGCAAUAUAGACAAUCCUCAGUGUAAUAUAGGAUUUUACUCGUAUGUAAGUAUGCGUAUUGUUGAUUUUUCGUUCAUUAGAGUGACUGACUGUCAAAGUUUCUUGCUACAAAUAUUUUGUGCCUUAGUUUCCCUCCUAUCCGUGUAAGGCAUAAACUAAGUCAUAAGGCCUAGAUAAUAUGGUACUAAAUACAGACUGCGUUAAUCUCAAUCGCUAGAGAUUUUUAGUCGAUUAUAUUGCCAGGAUGUGCCUAAUUUUUUGAGAAAUCGACUAAUAUUGUAAUCGAAUAUUUUGUUUUUUAUUUGAACCUAGUCGAAUAGUGUUGUCUGUCCAGUACAUAAUAUUUGUAGCACAAUUUGUUUUUUAAGUUACAAAGAAAGGUUCUUAAUAAUUAAACAUGACAAACUAUAAGUGUAUCUUGUAUACUAAGUGUUAACACAUAGUUUUAUGUGGAUCCGUAUAAAAAUAUACCAUAAUAUACAUAAUAUAUUAUUAUUAUUUAUAAAUGUUGCGCUAUGUGUUCUGUCAUUUUAUUUUCCUCUUUUUUAAUAAAAUGCCUUUUUUUCAA